UACAUUGGAGCAAGACACGCGAGCCUGCGGGAUUCGAUAAAAGUGAAUACUGCAUAAAAGAGUAUCAGUAUUCUAACACUGGCACAAGUGAGAAGCACGUUCAAAGUAUUUUAUUACAAAUCCAUCGGUACCAUGACGAGACGAGUCAGAAAUCGGAAUCAACGUACUGUUCAUUUCGAUAUUGAAUAUUCUAACGCGGUUCCGAGAAGACCAGUCGGCAAAGUUAACAUUAUGAACGUCAAAUCGGUCACUGACAAUUCGAACAGUGGGACUAACAUCCUGAUUAAAAAAAAGGAAGUUCCAUCUGCGCGAGACAUUUUAAAUGACUAUCUGGAGAGCACCUCGGUACACGGUUUACAAUACUUCGGGAAAACGGAACUGAACGUCGGAAUCCUUGGGAAGAUCCUGUGGACUUGUACCAUAGUCACCUCUUUCGUUUGUCUGAGCAUGAUGAUUAUGCAAUUCCUGGCACGUUAUAACAAUAAUCCGACGAACACGUUCAUAAAAUCGUUCACCGCCCCGAUAUUCCAGGCGCCCUUCCCCGCUGUCACGAUUUGCCCCGUCACGCCGAUAUCCAUGCGUAAACGCUUGGCAAUUUUGGAGAACGCUAUCUUGCCUGAGAAUGUCAGCAGACAGCUCGCGCUGGACAUGCUCAAGUACGGUCAUCACAUAACUAAUCCGUACGCGAUAAAAGAGUUCGACGACAUGGACAAGUUUAAAGCUCUUUUGCAUGCGAACAAAUGGACCGUGUCGGAAUUUUUAAAGAUUUUGCUACCAUGCGUGGACAUUUUCGACUCGUGUUCGUGGAGGUUCGAGCGUAUAGACUGCUCGAAAUCGAUCAAAGAGUCGUACACCUCUUACGGUGUGUGCUGCUCCUUCAAUUACCUUCUCGAGGAUUACAUGGAUGGUCUGAACGAACAACCAAAGUUGGAACCUUUGAACACCGCCAGCUCUGGCCGAUUUAGUGGACUGAAGCUCGUUAUCAACGAAGAGUAUCUCGUAGACAGUGACAUCGACUUGAACGAUACACUGAAAUUUACAAAUAGCGAAGGAAUGACGGUACUUAUACAUCACAGCUACGAUUUUCCAGGGCUCAACACCGAUAUGUUCGUGUUACAGACGAACCACGAAUUGGAGAUUGCAGUGGAUCCGCAACUGACUGAGAAACCAUCGGGAAUGCAGCAUCGUGGCUAUAAUAAUACAUUAGUUCCCAUAUGCAUCACGGAUGAUGAAAACCCUUUAGAAUACUUCCCCGUCUAUGGAUUCUCGAACUGUUACGCAAAUUGCAGAGUCAGAAUCAUGCUCCAGGUCUGCGGUUGCUUACCAUUUAUCUACAACCACAUUUCGAAACUUCACAACAUCAAAAAUUGUGGAAUAGAUGAACUUCCGUGCAUUCAGCGAAACACGAAACUGAUAGGGAUCAUGAAAGACAUUGAAAACGAUAAUUUCAGCUGCUCCUGCAGGACUCCUUGCGCGAACAUCGACUACGACGUCUUUCCAAAUAUGAUAUCCUUAACGCAGAGGAAAGGAAAUGCCGUCGUCAAAGUGUUCAUGUACUCGCAAUCAUUCCCGAUAUUAAUAACUCUGCCAGCAGCUGACGAAACUUAUCUUUUAGCGUCGAUCGGCGGAAUCUUCAGUCUGUUCUUUGGCAGCAGCUUCCUAAGCCUUGUGGAAAUCGUUUAUUUCCUCUAUCUACUCUGUCGCAGUCUUUUCUAAUAGUAAUUCAAAGCGAGCCACUAAUUUUUCAAACGAUCACCUAUGCGAAAUAAAUAAACCUUGAAUUCGA